GGACGGGGAGCGGCAGCGCGGAGUAGGAUGCUCUGCGGGGCGCCCUGAGCCUGGGGCGCGUGAAGCAGCUUCGGGGGCCGGGGCCACAGGGCAGCUUUCACCAUGCAUCAGUCCCUGACUCAGCAGCGGUCCAGCGACAUGUCCCUGCCGGAUUCCAUGGGAGCCUUUAAUCGGAGGAAACGAAACUCCAUCUAUGUCACCGUGACUUUACUUAUUGUGUCCGUGUUGAUUCUCACGGUGGGCCUCGCCGCAACCACCAGGACCCAGAAUGUGACUGUUGGAGGUUAUUACCCGGGAGUUAUUCUCGGCUUUGGAUCGUUCCUUGGAAUCAUCGGAUCAAACCUCGUGGAGAACAAACGGCAGAUGCUGGUGGCUUCCAUCGUCUUUAUCAGCUUUGGUGUGAUUGCAGCCUUUUGUUGUGCCAUAGUCGAUGGGGUCUUCGCUGCCAGACACAUUGAUCUGAAACCACUCUAUGCUAACCGGUGCCACUAUGUGCCCAAGACAUCCCAGAAGGAAGCUGAGGAGGUCAUAAGUUCCUCAACCAAAAAUUCUCCUUCCGCGAGGGUUAUGAGGAACCUUACCCAGGCAGCUCGAGAGGUGAACUGCCCUCACCUCAGCCGUGGAUUCUGCACACCUCGCAUCCGGGGCAACACCUGCUUCUGCUGUGACCUCUACAACUGCGGCAACCGGGUGGAGAUCACCGGUGGCUACUAUGAGUACAUUGACGUCAGCAGCUGCCAGGAUAUCAUCCACCUCUACCACCUGCUCUGGUCCGCCACCAUCCUCAACAUCGUCGGCCUCUUCCUGGGCAUCAUCACUGCCGCUGUCCUGGGGGGCUUUAAGGACAUGAACCCAACUCUCCCAGCACUGAACUGUUCUGUUGAAAAUGCCCAUCCGACUGUUUCUUACUACGCUCGUCCUCAAGUGGCAUCCUAUAAUACCUACUACCAUAGCCCUCCUCACCUGCCACCUUAUUCUGCUUAUGACUUUCAGCAUUCCAGUGUCUUUCCAUCCUCCCCUCCCUCUGGACUUUCUGACGAGCCCCAGUCUGCCUCUCCUUCGCCCAGCUACAUGUGGUCCUCCAGUGCUCCACCCCGAUACUCUCCACCCUACUAUCCGCCUUUUGAAAAGCCACCCCCUUACAGCCCCUAA